GUUCAGAGGUAAAGUGCAGGCUUAAGGUUGGAUUUGGCCCCGUAAACUGUUCUGUGAGUUAUUAUUUAUAUAGACCAACGGUGGAGGCAGCAUGGCUUCAGGUGGAGAAUCCAAAAACGAUGAUCUUUCUACUGCUAUUUUGAAGCAAAAGAACAGACCCAACAGGUUGAUUGUUGAUGAAUCCAUCAAUGAAGAUAACAGUGUGGUCUCCCUCUCUCAGGCCAAGAUGGACGAGCUUCAGCUGUUCAGAGGAGAUACUGUUCUGCUCAAAGGCAAGAAGAGGAGGGAAACUGUUUGCAUUGUGCUGUCUGAUGACACCUGCUCUGAUGAGAAGGUCCGCAUGAACAGGGUGGUACGCAACAACCUCAGAGUGCGCCUUGGAGAUGUCAUCAGUAUUCAGCCUUGCCCUGAUGUAAAGUAUGGAAAACGCAUUCAUGUUUUACCUAUUGAUGACACAGUUGAAGGGAUCACUGGAAAUUUAUUUGAGGUCUACCUCAAGCCAUAUUUCCUUGAGGCUUAUAGGCCAAUCCGCAAAGGUGACAUCUUCUUGGUGAGAGGAGGAAUGCGUGCCGUCGAGUUUAAAGUGGUGGCGACUGAUCCCAGCCCUUACUGUAUAGUGGCUCCAGACACAGUCAUUCACUGUGAGGGAGACCCAAUCAAGCGUGAAGAUGAGGAAGAAUCUUUGAAUGAAGUAGGCUAUGAUGACAUUGGAGGUGUCAGAAAGCAGCUGGCCCAGAUCAAAGAGAUGGUAGAGCUGCCACUCCGACAUCCAGCGCUUUUCAAGGCCAUCGGUGUGAAACCUCCACGUGGCAUUCUGCUGUACGGACCCCCUGGAACUGGAAAAACUCUCAUUGCUCGUGCUGUCGCAAAUGAAACUGGAGCCUUUUUCUUCUUAAUAAAUGGUCCUGAAAUUAUGAGUAAACUGGCUGGUGAGUCUGAGAGCAACCUGCGUAAAGCAUUCGAGGAAGCCGAGAAAAACGCUCCUGCUAUCAUCUUCAUUGACGAGUUGGAUGCCAUUGCACCCAAGAGAGAGAAGACUCAUGGUGAGGUGGAGAGACGCAUUGUGUCUCAGCUGCUCACCCUGAUGGACGGGCUGAAGCAAAGGGCUCACGUCAUUGUCAUGGCUGCCACCAACAGACCCAACAGCAUUGAUCCGGCACUCAGAAGAUUUGGACGCUUUGACAGAGAGGUGGAUAUUGGUAUUCCUGACGCAACAGGGAGACUGGAGAUCCUCCAGAUCCACACCAAAAACAUGAAGCUUGCUGAUGAUGUUGACCUAGAGCAGGUUGCCAACGAGACCCAUGGCCAUGUGGGAGCUGAUUUGGCUGCCCUGUGCUCAGAGGCUGCACUGCAGGCCAUCCGUAAGAAGAUGGAUCUCAUCGACCUGGAGGAUGAGACUAUUGAUGCAGAGGUCAUGAACUCUCUGGCUGUCACCAUGGAUGAUUUCAGGUGGGCCCUGAGCCAGAGCAACCCCUCAGCUCUGCGUGAGACCGUGGUUGAGGUGCCUAACAUCACCUGGGAAGACAUUGGUGGACUGGACGAUGUCAAGCGAGAACUGCAGGAACUUGUUCAGUACCCAGUUGAACAUCCUGACAAAUUCCUGAAGUUUGGUAUGACCCCAUCUAAGGGUGUGCUGUUCUAUGGACCGCCAGGUUGUGGUAAAACCCUCCUGGCUAAGGCCAUUGCUAAUGAGUGCCAGGCCAACUUUAUCUCCAUCAAAGGUCCUGAGCUGCUCACCAUGUGGUUUGGAGAGUCCGAGGCUAAUGUUCGGGAAAUCUUUGAUAAGGCCCGCCAAGCUGCCCCAUGUGUGCUUUUCUUUGAUGAGCUUGACUCUAUUGCUAAGGCCCGUGGUGGAAGCGUGGGUGAUGGUGGCGGAGCUGCCGACCGUGUCAUCAAUCAGAUCCUAACCGAAAUGGAUGGCAUGUCCAGCAAGAAAAAUGUUUUCAUCAUCGGUGCCACCAACAGACCCGAUAUCAUUGACCCCGCCAUUCUCAGGCCUGGUCGUCUGGACCAGCUUAUCUACAUCCCCCUGCCUGAUGAGAAAUCUCGUAUGGCCAUCCUGAAGGCUAAUCUGAGGAAGUCUCCCAUUUCCAAGGAUGUAGACCUGGAUUUCCUUGCCAAGAUGACCAAUGGCUUCUCUGGCGCUGACUUGACCGAGAUUUGCCAGAGAGCCUGCAAGCUGGCUAUUCGCGAGUCUAUCGAGAAUGAGAUCAGAAGGGAACGCGAGAGGCAGACAAACCCCUCAGCCAUGGAAGUGGAGGAGGACGACCCAGUGCCGGAAAUCAGGAAGGACCACUUUGAAGAGGCCAUGCGUUUUGCUCGACGCUCUGUCAGUGAUAACGACAUCCGCAAAUAUGAGAUGUUUGCACAGACCCUUCAGCAGAGCAGAGGCUUUGGUAGUUUCAGAUUCCCCUCCAGUAACCAGGGCGGAGGUGGACCGAGCCAAGGCUCUGCAGGUGGCAGUGGAGGCAACGUGUUUAACGAGGACAACGAUGAUGACCUCUAUGGAUAAUUCAGAAACCUGUGGCCACAUGGCUGUUCUCUUUUUCUCCAUUACUGGCCACCAUGUACAAAAGAAGAAAACCAACCGAUAAAUUCCACAUUUUUAGGACUCUGUGCUUCUUUGUUUUUCUUUUUUUUUAUAUAUUAUCCUCCUCUUCCUCCUCCUCUUCUCUUCCCCAUUGUUGGAGAAAAGCAUGUAGCUGCUUGUAUUUUGCGCUGGUUUGUGAAAGGAUUAUUACUGCAGAUCUUAUUGUAAUGUGGUUGGGGCACAUUGAACUUAAUAAAUAAUAUGGUUAAGUGGCUUCAUUUCUCCUUAACUUUACAGUCUAUACAAGCAGCUUCAGUGACAGGGUUCGAUGCUAGCCUGUUAAGAUUUCAAAAUAAAAUUCAUAAAAAAUGCAGUAAUUAGCAAUUUUCAUUUUUUCCUUUAAUGUAGCAUUUAAUGUAUUACAAGUUAAAAUGUUUAAAAAAAAAAUAAUAAUAAAGUUCUCAAAUGGUCCCAACUUUUGUCAAGUGAA